AUGAAGAUGCACUUCUGUAUCCCGGUGUCCCAGCAGCAGCUGGACCCGCUGGGGGGCCGCUACGUGCUGUACUCCGUGUACCUGGACGGCUACCUCUUCUGCAGGGUGCGCUACAGCCGACUGCAUCGUUGGAACGAACAGCUGAGGCGGGUCUUUGGAAAUUGCCUGCCACCUUUUCCACCAAAGUAUUAUCUUGCAAUGACCACAUCCAUGGCUGAUGAGAGGAGGGGCCAGUUGGAACAAUAUUUGCAGAAUGUAACCAUGGACCCAGACAUGUUGAGAAGUGAUGUCUUCAUUGACUUUCUAAGACUCGUACAGCUGGACACAUUUAACAUCACCACCAAGACAGCCUCUCUGGAUAUAUUUCUGCCAGAUGGAAGGAAUAUUCCAGUCGAAAUUCUAACAUCAGAUACUGCUGAAAGAGUCCUAGAGGUGGUGUCGCACAGAAUGGGACUGUGUCAGGAGCUCCUGGGCUACUUCGGCCUCUUUCUCAUUCGGUUUUGCAAAGAGGGCAAACUCUCUGUCGUGAAAAAAUUGGUGGACUUUGAACUCCCUUAUGUGAGUCUUCGAAGCGCUGAAGUGGAAAACUGCAAGGUCGGACUCAGGAAGUGGUACAUGGACCCAUCCCUGGACUCCGUGCUGAUGGACUGCCUAGCAGCGGUAGAUUUGAUCUAUAUGCAGGCAGUUCAGGACUUUGAAAAAGAAUGGGCCAAACCCACACAGACGCAGAGGCAGAAAUUAGAGGCUCUGCAGAAAGAACACAACCAAACCAAGUUUCUGGAGCUGUCCCAAGAGGUACGGCACUAUGGGUACUUGCAGCUGGAUCCAUGUACCUGUGACUACCCAGAACCAGGCUGUGGGGCCAUCCUCUCUGUUGGCAAUAAUGAGAUCAGCUGCUGCAUAACCCUGCCUGACAACCAGACCCAGGAAAUCAUUUUCCAGAUGAACAGAGUGAAGUGCUGGCAGGUCACUUUCCUUGGAACUCUGCUGGAUAUGGAUGGACCCCAGCGAACUCUCAACCAGAACUUAGAGCUGAGAUUUCAGUUUAGUGAAGAGAGUGGCUGGCAGUGGUUUGUUAUUUACACCAAGCAGGCCUUUUUGCUGAGUAGCUGCUUGAAAAAGAUGAUCUCAGAAAAGAUGCUAAAGCUAGCUGCAGAGAAUCCAGAAAUGCAGAUUGAAGUUCCAGAACAAGGCAAAAGUAAAAAAUACCACAUUCAACAAAGCCAGCAAAAAGACUCUUCUCGUUUUCUACCAAGAAAAAGCAGGAUUGAGAUGGCCAAAGUUGACUGUGUUUUGGGGACCAUAAAGGAAGAAGACCUUUGA